GAACUGCCGUUAUGCAAAGCUGCGUCCAAUACAGCACAGCAGCAGCUCCCAUGUUAUACGUAACUAAUAUAGAUGUUACUGGAAUUUUGAAAGUUGUGAAUGAUCAACAUGCUCGCUAACCCAGAGUUUUAUUUACGUUAGCUAGCUAACAGUUAGCUACUUGACGGGUGCGUUCGUAAAUUCGCACUGGAGUGUCUGACUCAGCCAGGGUGAAUUUACGAACGCAGCCUUAUUUAACAUGCCGUGUUAAUCUUGUUGGGGAGCUAGCUAGCGCUCUUCCGCGUGGCAAAAUGUUUGCAAAGUGAGAGAUUCGAGUUUUACACGGGAGUGAUGGCGGCAACGGACUGCUACAUCGUUCACGAGAUCUACAACGGGGAGAAUGCGCAGGACCAGUUUGAGUAUGAGCUGGAGCAGGCACUGGAGGCCCAGUACAAGUACAUUGUGAUCGAGCCCACACGCAUUGGCGACGAGACGGCUCGCUGGAUCGCCGUGGGCAACUGCCUGCACAAGACGGCCGUCCUGUCGGGCACCGCCUGCCUCCUGACGCCGCUCUCGCUGCCGCCUGAGUACUCGCGCUACGUGGCACUGCCCGCUGGUGCCCUCAGCGUGGCCUGCUCCGCCCUCUACGGAAUCUCCUGGCAGUUCGAUCCCUGCUGCAAGUACCAGGUGGAGUACGAUAGCCAAAAACUCUCGCGGCUGCCCCUGCACACACUCACCUCCUCCACGCCAGUGGUUCUGGUGCGCAGGGACGACAUCCACAGAAAGAGACUCCACAACACGAUAGCGCUGGCCGCCCUGGCCUACUGCGCCAAGAAGAUCUACGAACUCUAUGUGGUAUGAGCAAUACUCUGAAGAGGGUUAAACAAAUCAAAUAAAAAAAUAAAAAUAAAAAAAUAUAGCGGGAAAAGAAAGAAUCCACCCAGUAGUAAGCCAAGUGGAAGCCAUGUGCUGAGUAGAGGGUUUGCCCCUAACCCCCUCCACCCCACCUCACUUGCACGGGUGCUUACUGUUGGGCUGUUUGAUGGAUCAGAGGGAUAUAGUUCAAACUAGAAGGAAUUAUUUUUCCCUUAUUUUCUUUACUUGUAAGUGACAUCACCAGUGCACUUAUCCAUAUGGUACCCUUGCGCCUCUUCCCAAUCCCUGUACCCCUCUCAAUACACUAAGUUAGGGCACAAGGGUAGCUAAGUAAAAAGAUUUAGACUGAAUUGUGUUGCAGUUGAAACGGACAGGCUUAAGUAUUACCAACAUGUCUAUUCCUUGUAGUUUUACUGUACCCCUUUCUUGCUGAUCAGUAUGUCACCCUUUCAUUAAACAUUAGGAUAUUUCAAACUCUCA